AUGAUCUGGUUGUCGCUCAGCUUGUUUCUUGUGACGGCGGUUAACGCUUUGAAUGAAUUUCAGCCAAAAUGUAAGCAUAGUCCCGUAUCAGUUUGGUCACCGGUAGAUAUUUGUGAUAAUAUUGUGAAUAAUUGUGAUAAUUGUGAAAGAAUUAAAUAUUUUCAAUUACAGUGAACUGGGAAUGUGGAGCUAAGGGAGUGAAGGUCUCAGUGAGUACAGACACUCCUUUCUUCGGUGUUAUCCAUCCUAUUGGAAUCAGAGUCCCGGAGUGCACAGCCCGAGGGACUGGAGGGACUGUGGUCGCUUUUAAAGUUGAUUACGAAAGAUGCCAGAUCCCCUUCGACAAUCAAAGCAAUCGAAGAAUCAUCGGUCUCGAAGUCCAUGAACAUCAUUUACUGUUGUUGGAACAAGAUGAACAACUUGAGUUUGAAUGCCGAAUCCCUAAAAAAGGGGUCUCAACUACGGUGCCCACGGAAGUUGAAGAAAAAGAAGAUUCUUUGCCAUUCGAAGUAGAUGUUUUUGAAAAUGAAACCAAUGUGGAGGUGGUAAAAGACGUCAAUUCAAGGUGGGAGUUGAUUAGUCAUCUAAUUGUUUGAAUUGAUAACAAAAGUAUUUCUGAAUUUAAUAUUAUAAAAACCCCACCCAAGUCAAUUAACGUUGCAAUUACCGUAAUCCCUAUUUUUAGAUCAUCAUCCAAACCAAAAACAGCGAUCAGAGCGCAGCCUUACGAGUAUCAGAUCUCCCUGAUCCCCGUGGUUGGCGCAGAAAGAACCAACAGUUUGUAUCCGGAGUUUGGGAAACCCUACGAUCUGCUCAUAUCAGCUUCCAAACCACAUCAUUUUAGAGUUCAUUCUUGUGUUGCUCAAAGUGACGGAACUAGUGUUGAGGUAGGUUGAAAAAAAUAUAAAUAAAUGGAAUCGGAGCUGAUCAAAAAAAAAAAAACAUUUCUGUUGACGUUGCGUAAUUAUUGAGUAAUCAACUCCCUUAAAAAUAACAACCGUUACAUUCCAGUUGAUUGCCUCCAAUGGGUGCACCCUGGAUCGAAAACUGACUCAAGAUUUUAUAUACUCGGAAGCCGGAGCGAGAGCGCGGAUCGAAAAGAUGUUCAGAUUCCCCGAUUCCAGCGAAGUCAUCUUCAAAUGCUCCUUCGUUGAAUGCAGCGAGCACAAAAAUUGCAAGGUAUCGAGAUUUAAUUUUUGGGUUUCUUACUAAUAUACUAUUAUAGUAAUACAGAGUCUCAUUUGUUGUUAUCUUUUGAUUUCAGCCGAAUUGUGAAAUGAGAUUGGACGAUCCGAUGAAUGAAGAUCCCGAAUUGGUCUCCAAGAUCCUCAGGGCCAACUCCCCGGACUCCCCGGAUAUCCAACUCACGUGGCCUAAGGCCAGUUCCCAAGCCAAGACCCGUGUCCGCGUUCUGGAACGCCGAGAACUCAUCCCCGAACCGACUCCAACAUCACUUCCGGAGAGUGCCAGUAGUAUUACUGGCUGUCAUUGUGAUCUCCCGGCCGAUCUGAUCAUCUUGUACAAACUCUGCAUUGCUUUGUCUGUGUUCUUUGCUCUUGGAUGUUGCUGUAACAUCCUUUUCUGUUGUCUGAAUGCUCAGGGGAAGAAUGGGAAGAAGAAAAGACCAGUCCCGAAGACAAUUCCCCAGUCCUCCUUGAAUAGUAAUCAGUAUUGGAUUAGCGACACCGCCUCCAAACAUCGAGGAUUUGGUGAGUUUUAAUUUGAUUUGGGAACAAACCAAUAAUUGCUUUCUUGCUUUGUAUAUUUCGAAGACAUUAACUUUGCAGAUGAAUUCCAAACCCAAUUCUCCGAGGUCCCAGUGAUGGAUCAAUCGCUUGUCCAGAAGAGAUCUUCCCUCAGUUCUUAUGCUUCCCUGAGGCCAAAGAGUGCGAGGACUGCAGAGAAUGCCGUGGAAUUGAAUCCAACCGGCCUCUCGACUCUUACAAACUCCGGAUUCGAGAGUACUUUGAAUAGGAAUAACCAUACUUCUUUCGAUGCCCCUCCGGCAUUCCACACUCCCUCCAAUUCAAGCAGUCAUUCUCCACGCGAUUCCGUCGAAAAUCAGGAGAGGAUGACUCCAAACAAUGUGAAUCCGAAUCAUCUGACAUCUCCUCCCCAGUACCUCACUCUCACAAAUUCACCCACCAAUCAGAAGGAAACUUACAGUAUCCUCUAG